AUGAAACACAAAAAAGUGUUGAUAUUACUAUUGCUCUCAUUACUAUUAGAAACGAGAGGGGAUGGCACUCAAGAGUUUUAUCCAUUCGGACAGCCGGCUGGAGAUACUAGACUGAAAUACUCAUUGGAUCAAAGUGCGGUUGCUCUGAAGACCCCUCUGAUCUUUCUCCAGAAACCCAUUGAUGAGAUCUUCUUGUCCCACAAUGGAAUCAUUGGAUUGGGAAAACCAGUGCCCGAGAAAAAUGAAAUUCUUGCAAAGAUUCCGACUCCAGCAAUUGCUGUGUUCUAUUCUCCGGUUGCCAAUGGAAAGAUAGAUUAUAGAGUCACUUCCGAUGAUCAAGGACUUUUGGCAAAGCUGACUCAGGAUGUGAAACAGGCUUUCACAGAUGCUGUUGAUUUCCAUGGACUUCAAGCUGUUGUGAUUACAUGGAGUGAUAUUCAAAAUGCAGAACAAGAUGGACCAGCUAGUUUCCAGAUCGCAAUCGUUACUGAUGGAAUAUCCACUUAUUGCAUCAACCACUAUGGUGCUCUUCCAUGGUCAUCUUCAAUGGGAUACUAUGCUCAAACUGGAUUUGUUCGUUCGGUCCAGAUGUCAAGGAACUUUCUUCGUAAGAUCCAUCUCAAUAAUUUGGGUGCAAAAAACGAUUUCAGAUUGUCAAAUAAUCAAUUCGGUAAUUCUUUCAUCUUCCGAAUUUCUGGAAAUUCAAUAGAAGACCCAAAGGAUGAUGGAACAGACGAGUAUGACUACAACAAUUACGAUCAAGAAUACGAAGGAGAACAGCCAGCCGAUUGUCCAAAAGAUAAGUUCGUUGACAAUUGUCCAGCUGAAUGCAGAACUGUGAGAGAUGAGAGAGGAUGUGAAAGAUGUAUCUGUGCAGAGAGACCAAAUGCUCCACCAGUGCCACAAGAACCAAGACCAGAGUUGGAGAAUACGGUAGACGAUGACGAUGAUGAAGAAGAACAAGUGGAUGGUACGAGAUAUCAGGAACCAACAAGAGAGCAAGAGCAACAACCCCAACCACAACACAAUCAGCACCAUCAGCAAUCAGCAGGACAAACAGCUCAAAAAAUGUCGUGCUCUCAAAGAGAUGAUAAGAGCUGUCAUGCUAAUUCUGUCUGUCAAGAUUUGGAAGGUGGGUUCUGUUGUACCUGUGACACUGGAUACUACGGAAACGGAAAGGAGUGUCUUCCAAAAGGAGAACCACAGAGAAUUUCCGGAAGUUUCGAAGGCGUUAUUAACAGAAUUCCAAUUGAUAAAACGGAAUUGCACACUUUUGCAACAUCCACAGAUGGAAAUGUGCACACGGCAGUUUCGAAGAUACCAUCUGAUCUCGGUCACCCACUUCUUUUCCUCUACUCAAUCGGUGGUGUUAUGGGAUGGUUGUUUGCUGAUGUUCAGUCUCCAAAUGUCUACAAUGGAUUCCAAUUGACUGGCGGUCUGUUUAAUAGAACCGUUGCAAUUCAUGUUGGACAAAACAACUAUGUGACACUUAAGCAAGAAUUUUCGGGAAGAAAUAUUCAUGAUUACUUCAAAUCUCACUUGUUCGUGUCUGGAACACUUCCAGAUAUUGCUCCAGGAUCUGAAGUGAUUUUCCCAGAUUAUGAGGAGGAGUAUGUUAGAGAAAGAAGAGGAUACCUCACAUCCCGAGCUGCCUUUGAUGUCAUUAUUCGAGACGGUGGAAAUACGCAAACAUACAGAAUGAGUGUUGAGCAACAAAUCACUUUUGAAGAAUGUCCAUUUAAGGAGUUUGACCGUGACCACUCCAUGAAGCUUCAUGUGAAAAGAAUCAAUGUUGUAUACAACGCCGACGAAGGCGUAGUUCGUUAUGGAGCCAAGAAUUUUGCGACUCGCUCAACUAGUCCUGCAUCAAACUCAGCCCCAUCUGGUGGACACUUUGAUCGUCGUCAACAUGGUCAAUCUCAACUUGCUUCUGAACGCCCAAUCGAAAUUCCAUAUAACAAUGAGGCUAUUAGCAGCGAUUCCGUUUGUGCUCCUGGAAGACAUCAAUGUACUCUUCCGAAUAUGAAAUGUCGUGUUGUUGAUCCAUCGUACCGUUGCGAAUGUGAACCUGGAUACCAAGCAACCCAUGAUGCUUCAUCUCAUAUUGGAUGGAUCUGUCAGGAUUUGGAUGAGUGUCAGAGAGGAGAUCAUAACUGUGACCAACAUGCGAAAUGUACCAAUCGACCAGGAGCCUUCAGUUGUCAGUGUCUUCCAGGAUACCAAGGGGACGGAAGAUCUUGUAUCAGAGAGCAACAUGCUGGUCACCACGAACAUCAUCAACAUCAACAACAGAGUCAGCAUUCCGGAGUCGGAGCCACUUCCGAGGGACUUUGUACCGCACAUAACCAAUGUCAUCAAUGGGGAGAAUGUGUGUUCACAUCAGAACAUCCAACUGGAAGAUGUAAGUGUAGAGGAUGGUAUGUUGGAGAUGGAGUCAAUCAUUGCGGACCACCAGAGGAGAACAAACCAAAACACAAUGCCCAUAUUCCACAAAACAGAGGACAAGCAUGUGGAAGUUAUGUUUGUGAUGUGAAUGCUGAAUGUAUGCCAGAGCCAAGUGGAGGAUCGGAGUGUGUAUGCAAGGCAGGAUUCAGUGGAAAUGGAAUCACUUGCGAGAGUCUUCUUGAAGACCGACACGCCCAUUCUUCUCACAAUCGACAUGAACAACAACAGCAAACUGGAUCUCUCGGAAAAGUGUGUCGCUCUCACGAAGAAUGCUCUGAGCACGGAAGUUGCGCGUAUCAUCACAAUCUUGGAUACUAUCAGUGUGCUUGCACAGAGCCAUACGUCGGAAACGGAGUGGAUUGCACACUUCCAGGAUCUUCUGCUUCAGCAUCGGACCUUGGUUGUGAUGUUACCCGUGAUUGCUCUGAAUUCGCUGAUUGUGUCUAUGAAAGAUCUUCAACGGGCGCCACAUUCCGUUGCGUAUGCCAGUCAGGAUACACUGGAGAUGGAAAAUAUUGCAUGCAAUCUCAGCUAGCUAUCUCAGCUCUUUCACCUGCUGGUCAGUAUCCCUCAUUUCCCCAAUUACAAAGUCAACCAUCGGUUCAAUCAAUCGCUUCUUGCGAUCCAAACUGUGGAGCGGAUGCUCAGUGUGUGUAUGAUGAACAUAACAAACAAUAUCGCUGUGAAUGUUAUACUGAAUUCGUUGGAGACGGCUUCAACUGUGUUCCAUUGGCCAAACCAAACAUGGUUCCUGCCGAACCAAAAACAUGUGUUGAGUCAUCAGAUUGUCACAGCAACGGUCAUUGUGUCAUCGAUGAAAAUGGUGCUGGAGAAUACAUCUGCAAAUGUCUUCCUGGAUUCCGUGGAGACGGUUUCUUAAACUGUCGUGGAGCUGAUCAAUGCAACCCAUCAAAUCCAAACGCAUGCCAUCAAAAUGCUCAUUGCGCCUACGAUGAAGUUCUGACAGCACAUGCCUGUAAAUGCGUGGACGGGUUCAAGGGAGACGGUGUUAACUGUGUUCCGUAUGCUCCUGCCACAAACUGUAAUCUUGAACCAAGAAUCUGCCACGCAAAUGCCCAAUGUGUAAUGCAUCAUACUACAGGAGCCUAUGAAUGUAUUUGCAAACCUGGAUCUUCUGGAGAUGGAUACAAAUCAUGCGAUGUUAUGGAUACACCAAGAUGCACAAACUGCUCCGUCCAUGCCUAUUGCGCUCAGAACCAAAUGACAGGUGCCUAUCAGUGCAAAUGUAAUGCUGGAUAUAAUGGAAAUGGAUAUGUUUGUGUCUCGAUGAGCUCUUGUCUUGAUGAUCGUUCGCUUUGUGAUUCGAAUGCUGAUUGCGUUCCUGGAGAAGGCGGACACUACGUUUGUAACUGUCAUUACGGAUAUCAUGGAGAUGGAAAAACAUGCUCUCCAGACUCCUCAUCUAGAACUGACAAGCUUCUAGUCGCACGUGGAAUGGCCAUUUUCAAACGCUCAACAAAUCCAGACGAGUACGGAAAACAGUUGAUUGUGAUCCCCCAUCAUAUCCCAGUUGGCAUUGAUUACGACUGCCAAACCGAGAAAAUUGUCUGGAGUGACAUGUCUGGACAUUCCAUUCGCACUGCUUCCAUGAACGGAACAGAUCACAAAUCAUUCUUCAGCAAGGAACUCAGCAGUCCAGAAGGUAUUGCUGUGGACUGGUCAUCGAGAAAUGUGUAUUAUGCCGAUUCAAUGAACGACGAGAUUGGAGUGGCUUCGCUCAAUGGUAAAUUCAAAAAGUCGUUGGUCACCGAAGGGCUCGUCAAUCCUCGUUCUGUUGUUCUCGAUCUCUACGGACGUCAUCUGUAUUAUUCUGACUGGCAUCGUGAGAAUCCAUAUAUCGGAAGAGUCGAUAUGGAUGGAAAGAACAAUCGAGUAUUCUUGAAUGAAGACAUCCAUCUUCCAAACGGACUCACCAUUCUUCCAAAGAGAAGAGAACUCUGCUGGGUGGAUGCAGGAAAUCACCGUUUGUCGUGUGUCCAGUUCAACGGAGCCAACAGAAGAACUGUGUUCAGCAGCCUUCAAUACCCAUUCGGAUUGACUCAUGACCAAGAGCAAAAGUUCUAUUGGACCGACUGGAAAGACAACCGAAUCCACUCCGUAGGUGUUUAUGGAGAGGGAUACCGCAGUUUCCAAAUCUCUCUUGGUGGUUCCGGAAAGGUCUUCGGAAUCCUUGCUGUUCCGAAAUCAUGCCUUGGACCCAAUACUCCUUGCUCUGAGAACAACGGAGGAUGCGAACAUCUCUGUCUUCCAGGACAAAACGGUGCUGUUUGCGAGUGCCCAGACAAUGUCAAAGUGAAGGGAUGCUAA